AUGCCCCAAACCACCACAGUCUUGAGAGACAUCAGUGAACGCUUUGUCGUUCCACGGAAAUCAGUCACAAUUGCAGCGAGUGUCUACAUUCUACUCCAUACACUGGUUUCAGACCCUUCAGUGAAACCCGAAACAGCCAUCAUAGCGUAUCUCGAAAUGGUAUAUGAUAAGUUGGCCAGAUAUGAGAAGUUCUACGGCGUUUACGACAAAUGGGAUGAGUCUCGCUUUCGCUGGGACGAAAACAACAUGCCCAGCAAGUGCGCACAACUUCAAGUCCGCUACAGCUGCGGCCACACCCUUGGCGGUGAGUUCAUCAAGUGUGCGCGACAUAUCAACAGCGAAGACGAACGUUGCUCGAAUCGAUAUAUCCAUUUCAUCGAGGCCAAACAGUCAAAUCACAAGUGCCGUGCCUGCACUCGAUCCGGCUAG